CUGGGACUCGAUAGGAUCCAGCCACCUUUAAAUGACGCCUCGGCUAUGUGAGAAUGGCGGAGAACAGCGUUUGGCAGGCUUACACUUUACAGCUGAUCUCUAAGGGGACAGGACACAACAUACAACUACUCACGGCGAGUAGAGGACGCUGAGGAGAGCGGUCAGCUUCAUGGAGCUUCUUCUUAGACAUACAGGGCAUUAGUCUGUUCUCUCUGAACGGCAUUUUACUCAGACUACAAACGCAUCUGCUCCGUUUGACUGAUAACUGUAGAUUAUUUGGUGUGUCGGCGGAGCGCCGUGUGAGCCAUGGUGACACUGCCGAGAAUAUUCAGCGAGACGUUCCCGUAAGGCUAAAACACACAAGUUCGCAGAUAUUGACGAAUUUCUAUCUGACAUGAAGGAUACCGGAGAAUCCAAGGACCACCAGCUAACGGUGGCUUUGCGAAUCCGGCCUCUGAGCGAUGUAGAACUGGAGGAAGCGGCCACAAUAGUGGCCCACCGAGUGGACGACCAGAUGGUGGUGCUGAUGGACCCUCUUGAGGAUCCGGAUGACAUUCUGAGAGCCCAUCGUUCCAGAGAGAAGACAUACAUACUUGAUGUGGCCUUUGACUACACAGCCACACAAGACGAGGUGUACAGAGCCACAACUAAAGGCCUAAUUGAGGGCCUCAUAUCAGGAUACAACGCAACAGUUUUUGCCUACGGACCCACAGGUUGUGGGAAGACUUACACUAUGCUGGGGACAGACAAGGAGCCUGGCAUCUAUGUACGCACUCUUAACGACCUGUUCAAAGCUAUUGAAGAGACCAGUGAUGACAUGCAGUACAGUGUGUCCAUGUCUUACUUGGAGAUCUAUAAUGAGAUGAUCCGAGACCUGCUGAAUCCAUCCUCCGGCUUUCUUGACUUGAGAGAGGACUCCAAGGGGGAGAUCCAGGUAGCAGGGAUCACAGAGGUGUCCACAGUCAACGCCCGAGAGAUCAUGGAGUUGUUGAUGAAAGGCAAUAAACAGCGGACUCAGGAGCCCACCGCGGCCAAUCAGGCGUCCUCACGGUCUCAUGCCGUGCUGCAGGUAGCUGUGAAGCAGCAGAGCCGCUGCAGAGACGUUCUGCAGGAGGUGCGCUUUGCCCGCCUCUUCAUGAUCGACCUUGCUGGGUCUGAGCGAGCUGCACAGACACAGAACAGGGGGCAGAGGCUGAAGGAAGGAGCUCAUAUAAACCGCUCACUUCUGGCACUGGGAAACUGCAUUAAUGCUCUAAGUGAAAAGAAUGGCAACAAAUAUGUCAACUAUAGAGACAGCAAGCUCACACGCCUGCUUAAGGACUCUUUGGGUGGGAAUAGUCGGACUGUAAUGAUAGCUCACAUAAGCCCUGCCUCAAUGGCCUUUGAAGAGUCUCGGAACACUCUGACUUAUGCUGACCGUGCCAAAAGUAUUCGUACACGGGUGAAGAGAAAUCUGCUGAAUGUGUCCUACCACAUUGCUCAGUACACCAGCAUCAUCUCAGACCUGCGCAGUGAGAUCCAGAGACUGAAGAAGAAAAUUGCUGAGCAAGCUAGCCGGCAGAACAACCCUGACAGGACAGAUAUACGGCAUGUGCAGGACACUGGCUCACUGUCUCCCCCCUCUGGUGGUGUAGCGGAGGUGCAGGCUCACUCCACUCAGCAGAGCCGAGCAGAAAUGGACCAACUGAGAGAGCAGCUGAUCGAAGCCUUCCGACAGCAGAUGGAGAUCAGAAAACGUCUGAUGGAGCUGGACAACACAAACAUGGAGAUCCAGAUAGAUACAUCCAAAUACCUUCUUACGAUUGCAGACUGGGAGCAGGAACGAAGCAGGCACCGCAAGAAGUGGCAGGGUGAAAGGCGGAAGGAGAGCUUUAAUAAGGACGAGAGUGAGAAAGACUCAGACACCCCAGAGUCUCCACCAGACAGCACAGAGACUCAGGAGGUGGCCAUGGCCAGGGAGAACCUGGUCACACUAAUGGCUGAACAAAAGAAAAUCAGCAAACAAAGGGCUGGUCUGGAGCGGCGGCUGGCAGAGCUGCGUGAGAGGGCUCGCAGGUUGGAAGAGCUGCUCCCACGCCGUGUGAGCUCAGAGGAGCAGCGGGAAGUGCUGGGGCUGCUGUGUAAAGUGCAUGAGCUGGAGAUCGAGAAUGCAGAGAUGCAGUCUCACACCCUGCUCAAAGACAACGUUAUCCGGCAGAAGAACGUAGUGGUGCAGAGAUUUGAGCAGCACAGGCAGCUGUGCCAUGAGAUCAUCCAGCAGCAGCGGCGCUUCAUUGAUGAUCACAGUCUUCUGGUGCCCCCACAUCUUCAGGAACUGUAUGAGAUGUACAUUAGGGAGCUGGACGAGCGGAACCUAGACCGAGUUGUGGCUUUAGACAAAGUCACCAUCCACACUUUAAAGGAGGGCUCCCUUCCUAAGAUUGCCCUCCCUAGCAGAGGACGUGACCCCUUGCAGGAACUGGACUCAGACCAGGAGAGUGUUCGAACACUGGGCUCUGAUACCAGACAAGGAAGAGUCAAAGUGCGGAGGCACACUUUGCCUCCCAUUCUCCCAGAGCCUGAUAGUGACAGUAACCGGGUGUUUAAGAGCAGUCCACAUGCAAAGCAGAUAAAGAACUCUGUGGUGAUGACUCCACCACCCAUUCACAUCAAUGGACAGGGCAACCGAGAGUUGCUGCCAAGUGCACUAGUGCUGCCAAGUGCACUAGAGGGUGCACUGAGCUAUAGCCUCCUGAGCCACAGUGUGAGCAGUCACCUAGAUUCAUCACCAGAAAGCAGUGAGAAUGGAACUGAAGCUCCUCUCACACCUAAAGAGAGGCAGCAGAUCCUAAAAGGUGUGCACAGCAUUGCAGUGAAAGCAGCUCGCCGCCGCUCAAAAGCGCUGGAGAUAGACGCCCUGCGCCUUCCUCCUCCACCUUCCCCUCUGGACCCUAUAAAACACAAAAGCAGUCUGUCUCUGAGCGAGGCACCUCCUAAAGGCCUGGUGUUACGUCGUGGCCGUCAGCCCAGCCCAGAGCUCCGUCAUGCCACUUCUGACGACAACCUGUCCAGCAGCACUGGCGAAGGCCCUGCCCCCAAUGGCACCUGGACACGCCCACGCAAUCGCCAGGCCAUGCCCAAGAACACUGCACCUCGGGAGCAGGACUUUGAGGCUCGCAGACGCAAGAGAAGGUCUCGGUCCUUCGAGGUCACUGGACAAGCUCUAACCCAAGGGAAGAGCACCAGCCAGCGUUUCCGGCCACUUGAUAGCACUUCUGACCCCCACCUGCACAUUAAUGGUCAACCCCCUGCACCUCUCCUUCGGCCCCAGCACAGAGCUCCAGCUCAGCUGGGCAAAGCUCGGCCCUCCCACCUCAACCACCAAACAGGUCACUAACAUGCUAAAUAGCCUGUGCAUGCUCUGUCUCGUGACACAGCUGCUCAGGGAAAUGAUCAGACACAGCUGACUUUUCUAUACAUUUAUAUCAUCAAAAUUUAUGCUUUGGUUCUUCUAUGCAUUCCCAACUGUAACUCCAGUUAACAAACUGUUAUCAUGAACCACCAUCAGACUUUGCAUUUCACUAAUUAUAUGCCCAGUUACUGGUUUACUAUGUACAACAACCUUGUAUCUACACACAUUGGUUAUUUUAUUAGAAACAGCUUCCAUAUACAGUACCAUGAAAACCACCUCAUAGACCAGGUUUUUACUUAUUUAAUUCCCUGCCAGCCAUUCAGAACAAAUUAUACAAAUUAUUCAUUUUUUUGUGUCACACAGAGGCCUA